AUGAAGAACUCUCCGGAGAAAAAAUCGCUUUUAAAAAGUAAAGCUAAAAGUGAGCCGGAACCGAAAAAGGCCUCACUGUUGCAACUGUAUCGGUACACAACUACUGUUGAUAAACUUAUGUUGUUACUUGGAACAAUAGUAUCUAUAGGAACCGGUGUAGGAAUGCCUCUUAUGUCUAUCAUUAUGGGUAAUAUUUCACAAAACUUUGUCGAUGUUGGACCUGCUGUGUACAAUUUCACGAUAACCCACAACAUAACUUAUAAGGAUAUGAAUGCCCAUGACAGAAAGAUGGUCUUGCAUAAUUUUUCUCAUGAUGUUAUUCAAAACUGUUUGGAUUACGUUUAUCUCGGUGUUGGAGUUUUUUUCGCUGCUGCUAUUCAGGCAACAUGCUUCCUUAUCGUUUGUGAGAAUAAUGUCAAUCGUCUUAGACGAGCAUUCCUUAAAUCAAUUCUUCGCCAAGAUAUUACAUGGUUCGACAAAAAUCACAGCGGAACUCUAGCCACGAAGCUUUUCGAUAAUUUGGAGCGUGUUAAAGAAGGAACAGGAGAUAAAGUAGGAUUAAUGAUCCAAUUCGUCUCUCAAUUUUUCGGAGGAUUUAUCAUUGCUUUCACUUACGAUUGGAGAUUAACUCUCAUCAUGAUGGCUCUUGCGCCAUUUAUGAUUGUUUGUGGUGCUUUCAUUGCAAAACUUAUGGCCACAGCUGCAACUCGUGAAGCUAAGAAGUAUGCUAUUGCUGGAGGAAUUGCUGAAGAAGUUCUCACUUCCAUGCGAACUGUUAUAGCUUUCAAUGGACAACACAAAGAGUGUGCGAGAUAUGAUAAAGCUUUAGAAGCUGGUAAAUCUACAGGAAUUUUACGGUCUCUCUAUGUUGGAUCAGGCCUGGGAUUAACAUUCCUUAUUAUGUUCUCUUCAUAUUGCUUAGCUUUCUGGGUUGGAACAAACUUUGUUUACAACGGUAGUAUGGAUGCUGGUAAUGUCAUGACUGUUUUCUUCUCUGUUAUGCUGGGGUCUAUGGCUCUUGGACAAGCUGGCCCACAGUUUGCUGUCCUAGGUACUGCUUUAGGAGCUGCUGGGGCAUUGUAUGAAGUUAUUGAUAGAAUUCCUGAAAUCGAUUGCUACUCAGAAGAAGGCAAGAAGCCAACUACUCUAAAUGGAUAUGUUAGUGUCGAAAAUCUGAAGUUCACCUACCCAUCUCGUCCAGAUGUUCCAAUUCUUAAGGGAAUCACUUUCGACGCAAAACCUGGACAGACCAUAGCUCUGGUUGGAUCAAGUGGAUGUGGAAAGAGUACAAUCAUUCAGUUGCUUCUACGUUAUUACAAUGCUGCUUCUGGAACCAUUACUAUCGAUGGAGUGAAACUGGAAGAUUACAACAUUCAUUCUCUGAGAAACCUUAUUGGAGUUGUAUCACAAGAACCAAUUUUGUUCAAUACUACUAUUGAAGAGAAUAUCCGUUAUGGUAACCCCAAUGUGUCUCAACAGGAAGUCAUUGAAGCUCUCCAUAAAGCCAAUGCUUACAAUUUCAUCAAAAACUUCCCUGAUGGACUCCGCACGUUUGUUGGUGACAGAGGAACACAACUCUCCGGUGGUCAGAAACAAAGAAUCGCUAUUGCCCGCGCACUUGUUCGUGAUCCAAAAAUUUUACUCUUGGAUGAAGCAACAUCAGCUUUGGAUGCCGAAUCUGAGUCCGUUGUACAACAAGCCCUCGAUAAUGCUUCUCGUGGACGCACCACGAUUGUGAUUGCACACAGACUUUCAACUAUUCGCAACGCAGAUAAGAUUAUCGCUAUGAAAUUAGGAGAAGUUGUCGAAACGGGAACGCAUAAUGAGCUUUUGGAGAAAAAAGGACUUUAUCAUGAACUCGUCAACGCUCAAGUGUUCACAGAUAUAGAUCCAGUUGCUGUGGAACGUAGAUUGUCUCAUUCUCUCAGCAGAACAAACAGCGUAUUCGACCAGCCAGCCGAGGAUACUGAUGUUGUUGAUACUACAGCAAAGAAAGGAAAUGAACCCGAAAGUCCGGAAAAAGAUCUUGAACGUCUGAAAAAAGAAUUGGAAGAAGAAGGGGCUACUAAAGCCAACUUGUUCAAAAUCUUAAAGUAUGCCAAGCCGGAGUGGUUUUAUUUGGUAGUUGCUGUCAUUUCGUCUUGUAUUCAGGGUUGCGUUUUCCCAGCAUUCUCUCUUUUCUUCACACAAAUUAUUGACGUGUUCUCACUUGCCCAAACUGAUCCCGAAAAAAUGAAGAAAGAUGGUCACUUCUGGGCUCUCAUGUUCUUAGUACUUGGAGUGGUCGAAGCCGUCACAAUGUUAUUACAGUGUUUCCUCUUUGGUCUAUCAGCCGAACGUUUAACUAUGCGUUUGAGAUCCAAAGUAUUCCGCAAUGUCCUCAGAAUGGAUGCAACGUACUUCGAUAAACCUAACCAUUCUGCCGGAAAAAUUUCCACUCGUUUGGCUACUGAUGCACCCAAUGUUAAAUCUGCCAUUGACUAUCGUUUGGGAUCUGUGUUUGGCUCUUUCAUUUCUAUCAGUUGUGGUAUUGGAAUUGCAUUCUACUAUGGUUGGCAAAUGGCUUUAUUGGUUAUCGCCAUCUUCCCGUUAGCUGGUGUCGGUCAAUCAAUUCAAAUGAAAUAUAUUUCGGGCCGUGCAGCUGAAGAUGCCAAAGAAAUGGAGAACAGUGGAAAAGUUGCAAUGGAAGCUAUUGAGAAUAUAAGAACUGUUCAAUCUUUAACUCUGGAAAGGAACCUUCAUCGACAGUUCUGUGAGCAUCUGGACUUACCCCAUCAAACAAGUAAAAGAAAAGCAGUCAUGCAGGGAUUGUCUUAUGGUUUUGCGUCAUCCAUUUUUUACUUCUUGUACGCUUCCUCAUUCCGUUUUGGUCUUUGGUUGAUUAUAUAUCACGCUAUGGAGCCAAUCCGUGUUCUCAGGGUUCUCUUCGCAAUCUCCUUCACUGCCGGAAGUUUAGGAUUCGCCUCCGCAUAUUUCCCAGAAUACGUCAAAGCUACAUUCGCAGCUGGUCUCAUUUUCAAGAUGCUGGAUGAGGAGCCAUCUAUCGAUGGAAUGACCUCUAAUGGAGAUAAGCCAAAGUUGAGCGGUCGUAUAGAGUUCGAAGAUGUCUACUUCCGUUAUCCAGAGAGACCAGAAGUUCCUAUUCUCCAAGGAUUGAACAUACAGGUCAAUCCUGGUGAAACAUUGGCUCUAGUGGGCCCUAGUGGUUGUGGAAAGUCCACAGUGGUUUCAUUGCUGGAAAGAUUCUACGAUCCUUUGGAUGGUUCUGUGAGAGUCGACGAAAAUGAUUUACGUGGAAUGAAUCCUACUCAUCUCCGCUCACACAUUGCUAUAGUUUCUCAAGAACCUAUUCUCUUCGAUACUUCCAUUAGAGAUAACAUUGUUUAUGGACUUCAUGAUGGAGAAUGGACAGAAGAUGACGUUAUAGAUGCUUGCAAAAAAGCAAAUAUCUACAGCUUCAUUUCGGAAUUACCUGACGGUUUUGAAACUAGAGUAGGUGACAAAGGAACACAACUGUCCGGAGGUCAGAAACAGAGAAUUGCUAUUGCUCGAGCUUUAAUCCGUAAUCCUAAAAUCCUUCUUUUGGAUGAAGCAACAUCUGCUUUAGACACGGAAAGUGAAAAGUUGGUACAAGAUGCUCUUGAUGCUGCUUCUCAGGGACGAACUUGCAUAGUGGUAGCUCACAGACUGUCUACGGUAGUUAAUGCAAAUUGUAUAAUGGUGGUAACCGGUGGAAAAGUCAUUGAAAAAGGUACCCACAAUGAACUUAUGGCUUUACGAGGUGCUUAUUGGAACUUGACACAGAAGCAAAGUGUUAACCGCGGUGUGAAAGCUGUGGAAUAA